AUGGCGGGACAACAGUGGGACAACAGAGCCAGAAACAGAACAACAGCAGAGGGCCAACGGCGCGACAACGGCGCAACAACAGCGGGACAACAGAGACAGAAACCGAACAACAGCAGAGGGACAGCGGAGGGAGAACAAAGGGGCAACAGAGCGACAACCGAGCCAGCAACGGAGGGACAAAGGAAGCAACAAGCGGAGGAACAGGAUACUACCCCCGAGCGAAAAUUGGCGAAUACCGUGUAA